UACUCAUCAGCAUCAGGAAAACAACAAAACCCUCCCAACAGUCGGAAAAGAAAGACAACAAAAAAAUCCUCCGUUUCUAAUCCUUUUUCCUCUCUAUAAACUAAACGUUCAUAUUCGCACCACCCAAGAAAGUUACAGAUUCUCUCUCUUCUCCAGCUAAUAACUUCUCUGUAUCUCACUCUCCACCUCAGGUGUUGUACAAAAGGCUUCUUCCCCACCCUUUAUUUUCUUCCUAUGGGGAUUUAAUGGGUCUUCUUUUGUACAAUGUUCCUCCGACUGUAGCCACUUUGUAGAAAAGGGUCUUCAGUUUUUGUGUAUUUUAUUUACUCUGUAUCAUCUAUUUCUCGUGGGUGUUUCUGAAAAAAGCUUGUGCCUGGAAAUGGAGGACAUGGGUUGUUAAAGGGUGCUGUGUGUAUUUUUCCUGUUCUUUGGGGGUUUCUCUUUCCUGGGAUUCCAGUUUCCUCUGGUUUUUCUAAAUGGAGAGCGUUUAUUGGGUGCAUUUAAUGGUGGUGCUUUGCUUGGGGACGUUUAUGGGUAUAGUUUGUCAGGAUGGUGCAGAUGAGAAUACAGCUGUUUAUAUUGUUACUCUGAAGCAAACUCCUACUUCUCAUUACUAUGGUGAGCUGAGAAAGGGGACCAAUGUUUUCAGGCAUGGUGUUCCUGGGAAGUUGGAUAGACUUCACAGACCAAGGAGGAAUAUUUCAAGAUCUGAUCCUCAUUAUAAUUCGUAUAUUUCCCGAGUUCAUGAUUCAUUGCUGAGGAGGGCAUUGAGAGGAGAACAAUAUCUGAAGCUGUAUAGCUACCACUACUUGAUUAAUGGAUUUGCGGUGUUUGUUACUUCCCAGCAGGCAGAGAAGCUUGCAAGGAGGAGAGAAGUGGCAAAUGUAGUUUUGGAUUUCUCGGUUAGAACCGCAACCACCCACACUCCUCAAUUCCUGGGUCUACCUCAAGGGGCAUGGGUCCAAGAAGGUGGAUAUGAUUCAGCUGGGGAGGGAAUUGUGAUUGGAUUUAUUGAUACAGGCAUUGAUCCUACACAUCCCAGCUUUGCUGUUGAUAGAUCUGAAGUUGCCUAUCCAGUUCCAGCUCAUUUUUCUGGCAUCUGUGAAGUGACCCCUGAUUUCCCAUCUGGGUCCUGCAACAGAAAGCUUGUUGGGGCCCGCCAUUUUGCGGCAUCUGCAAUAACCAGAGGAAUAUUUAAUGCAAGUCAGGACUAUGCUUCACCAUUUGAUGGUGAUGGCCAUGGAACGCACACGGCAUCCAUUGCAGCAGGGAACCAUGGGAUUCCAGUGGUGGUGGCCGGGCAUCACUUUGGAAAUGCGAGUGGAAUGGCUCCUCGUGCACACAUUGCUGUUUACAAGGCACUCUACAAAAGUUUCGGAGGCUUUGCUGCAGAUGUUGUUGCUGCGAUAGACCAGGCAGCUCAGGAUGGAGUUGACAUAGUAAGCUUGUCAAUCACUCCCAACAGGCGUCCCCCUGGAAUUGCAACUUUUUUUAAUCCCAUAGAUAUGGCCUUGCUGUCAGCUGUAAAAGCUGGUAUUUUUGUUGUUCAAGCAGCUGGAAAUACUGGACCAUCACCAAAGAGCGUUUCUUCCUUUAGUCCAUGGAUCUUCACUGUUGGUGCUGCAGCUCAUGAUAGAGCCUACAGUAACUCGAUUGUCCUAGGCAACAACGUUACCAUUCCUGGAGUUGGACUUGCACCCGGAACACAUAGAGGUAGAAUGUAUACGCUGGUUUCUGCUCUUCAUGCUCUAAACAAUGACACAACAAUUGCCAAUGAUAUGUAUGUGGGUGAAUGCCAAGACUCCAGUAGCUUGAAGCAAGAUCUGGUACAAGGGAACCUCUUGAUCUGUAGCUAUUCAAUUCGAUUUGUGCUUGGGCUCUCCACCAUCAAGCAGGCAUUGCAAACUGCAAAAAACCUCAGUGCAGCUGGUGUUGUAUUCUACAUGGAUCCUUUUGUAAUUGGAUUUCAGCUUAAUCCAAUUCCAAUGAAAAUGCCGGGCAUAAUAAUUUCAUCCCCAGAUGAUUCAAAGAUUUUUCUGCAAUACUACAAUCAUUCUUUGGAGAGGGAUGGGUCUACAAAGGAAAUUGUUAAAUUUGGGGCAGCUGCUAGCAUUUCAGGUGGGCUAAAGCCAAAUUACAGCAACUCUGCUCCAAAGGUUAUGUACUAUUCUGCUAGAGGACCAGAUCCAGAAGACAGUUUCCUUGAUGAUGCUGACAUAAUGAAACCCAACUUGGUAGCUCCUGGGAAUUUUAUAUGGGCUGCUUGGAGUUCCCUUGGCACAGAUUCUGUUGAAUUCCUAGGAGAGAACUUUGCAAUGAUGUCUGGGACAAGCAUGGCUGCUCCUCAUAUUUCCGGGCUUGCAGCAUUGAUUAAGCAGAAGUUUCCCAAGUUCAGUCCUUCAGCCAUUGGAUCUGCACUUUCCACUACAGCUUCUCUAUACAACAGGAAUGGUGGGCCUAUAAUGGCUCAGCGUGCUUAUGCAAAUCCAGAUUUAAACCAGUCUCCAGCAACACCCUUUGACAUGGGAAGUGGCUUUGUGAAUGCAACUGCAGCAUUAGACCCUGGUCUGAUAUUCGAUGCAAGUUAUGAUGAUUAUAUGUCAUUCCUUUGUGGCAUCAAUGGGUCAGCUCCUAUGGUUCUGAACUACACUGGUGAGAUGUGUGGAGUUUCCACCAUGAAUGGCACUGACCUAAACUUGCCCUCAAUCACAAUAGCGAGACUAGAACAGACUAGAACUGUCCAAAGAAGAGUGACAAACGUUGACAGCAAUGAGACUUACAUAGUUGGUUGGAGUGCUCCUUAUGGGGUUUCAGUAAAUGUAGUUCCAACUCACUUCUUUAUAGCAUGUGGGGAAACACAGACCUUGACUGUAACCUUGAGUGCUACAAUGAACAGCUCAGCUGCUAGCUUUGGAAGGAUAGGACUGUUUGGAAAGGAGGGGGGUCACAUUGUUAACAUUCCAGUAGCAGUCAUCUUUAAAGCCAAAUAUAACAAUACUAACAGGUGAAGACGAGGAGCUGGGUGGGGAUUAUGAUUUUCAUUUUGUUUAGUUUUGAUUUUGGGUGUUGAUCGAUUUUUUCAUUUGUCAUGUAAAUGCUGAAGCAUGUAUUUGAAAUGUAGAUACAGUGAGUUGAGUAAUUAAUGAUAGUAGUGCUUUGUUUUCUCUCAAA